UUGAUAUACACUUGACUUAGUUAUGUAACAAAAAAGACAAAGCUCUCACAUGAUUAUAGAACAUGUGACAGAAUGUUACAUAACUUUUUUAUUGUUCAGUGAAAUUUUUGUUGUCAAUACACAAUAGAGAGACUGGAAGUGGAACAUUUUAUGUCAUUAUAUCUAAAAUGCAUGCUUCACUGCUGAAGCUAGUUUUAGGCGUUUAUAUUUUUAUAUGCUUAGAUGUUAUGGAUUGUUCAUUUAAACUUGGAUUUCAUUCACUUUAAAAGUGUAAUUUUAAGAAUUUAAUCAUUUUUGCUAAGAGUUGCAAUUAGUUAAAAGGAUGUCCUUAAUAUUUGCUGGAUUUAUUAUAACAAUUUUAUUAUUAAGUGUGAUAUUGUGACAUUUUAUCCACUGUUAAAUGUUUCUUUCACAAGUGGUGACUAGACUAACUGACAAAUUUUAAAGAAAAGUGAACAGAUUUUAAAGUUUAGAUAAAAUUCAUACCUUUUGUAAACAAUAUCCGCAUUUUUUUUUUCCAGAUAAAAAUGAUUGUGAGUUACUGGUAAUGAACACUGGGAACUAUCUUCCUAUAAAAUAACAAUGGCAAACUCCACAUUAUUACCUAGCAUCAGUCCCAUGGUAACCAUGGAAACUAAUAUAACAAACAGUACAGUAUCACCUCCAGGAUCCCUGUCCAUUGACAACCUCUACCCAGCCAUUUUCCAAUGCUUCACAAUCAUCUUGGCAGGAUAUAUCGCAGGACGAGCCGACUUGAUCACCCAGUCACAGGGACAAGGAAUAGGGACAUUUGUAGGAAAAUUCUGUCUCCCGGCGUUGUUGUUCAAGAGCAUGGUUGAGUUAAACUUCAGUCAAGUGAACUGGUAUUUUUUACUCGGAAUUGCAAUCUCCAAGACUAGUGUAUUUGUGAUAGUGGCAGUACUGACCUUGUUGAUUAGGAGACCAAUGCAUUUAGGGUAUGCAGGGUUGUUUGCGAUCUUUGCCACUCAGAGUAAUGAUUUCGCUCUUGGAUAUCCAAUUUUGAAGGCAUUAUAUUCUGACAGCAACCCAGAGUAUCUACAGUAUAUCUAUCUUGUUGCCCCUAUAUCAUUGGUUCUCCUCAAUCCUGUUGGGUUUACCAUGUUAGAGAUUCAGAGGCGUAACCAAGACGUUUCACAUCGUACCGGCAAGUGUCGUUUGGUACUGCAGGUGACAAAAGAUGUUCUGUCAAAUCCCAUAGUGUUUAUGGUACUUAUCGGAAUAGGUGGCAACUUUUUGUUCAAGCAGAAAAUUCCAGCUGUGUUAGGGGAUAUUCUAGAAGUUCUAGGAAAUGCGUAUAGUGCUUCAGCUCUGUUUUACCUUGGUUUGAGCUUGGUGGGCAAGGUGCAGGGCCAGCUGGGAGUCGGACUUAUAGCUCCAAUGCUUCUUAUAGGAGCUAAAACAUUGUUGCUUCCUCUUAUCACAUGGCAAGUUGUUGGUGCCUUAGAGCUUAACCAGAUGAAUAACUCUCGAUCCCUGAGCAUGUAUGGUUUCCUGUAUGGGACAUUUCCUACAGCACCCUCGGUGUUCCUGUAUGCCAGUCAUUUCUCAGUAGCACAGGAUAUUAUAGCAACUGGUAUGGUAGCAGGCACAUUCCUGUCGGCUCCACUCAUGUUUGUAUCAGCCAAGAUGAUGACGGUAGUGGUGAACAGUGAAAUGGACUAUAAGUCCCUUCUUGUGGAUACAUCAUUUGAUCUCAGCGUUAUAUCAUUGGUGUGCAAUGCUUGGAUUAUAGCUGUGAUAUUUCUGAGUGGAAAACAUAAAAAGAUGCCACAUCAUUUUCUCAUAUGUCUUGUGUGCACUCAGACAUUUGCCUGUAUAGGAAUGAUCAUUUAUGAUGGUUUAGACACAAAGAUUGCCUGGCAGCACUACACUCAGUUUGUGAUCCUGAUUGUUGGUGUGUUCUCCAGCAGGUGUUUUGCUGCUGUCCUGUCUGUCGUUGUAUAUCUACUCCAUUAUAGAAGUCUAUGUUUUGUACUGAGGGUGAAAGUAUGGUUUUACCUCUUUGGUCUAGGGUUGCCAGUGUUUAGUACCGGGAUGCUGUUGUUGCUUGGCAAACAUCACAUGCAUGAUGAGAUAGAUCCCUCUUUUCACUAUGGAGUAGAUCAGGCUGUGUUAUCAGUUAUUAUACUGAGUAUUUGUUCAGUUCUCAAUAUAACAUUCAUGGUGCUACAUCAAAGAAAUUCCCGCCAGCAUAAAGACCAGGAUGGCAUAAAAGUCAGGUCAAAGGUUAAGAGGUCAAGGCAUAGAGGUGAAGAAGAAUCAGCAACAGAUAGGCUUUUACAAGAUGAAGAAAUUCCAACCCCUUGCCAUACACAGAGUAGCAGCAGAACCAAGCUUAUAUCUGACACAGAUGGUGGAGGCGAUAACAAUAGAUAUAGAUCAUUGUCCUGCUCAGCAUGUACGGAGGACUGUGAGGUUAAUCUCUACAAACAUACGGUCCGUCAGAAUUCCAGCAAUAUUGAAGAUAUUGUUCCAUUUCCUGAUGAGAUGAAACAAAACCGUCCAAAACAAAACCGCUCAAAUCGAGUUGUCAGUAAAGCAAACACUAGCAAAGCAAACACAGAAAGAGAUCUGCCAAGUCCAGAGAGUAGCGUUAGCUCUUCAACGAGUGAAGACUCGUACCUUGACUCGAUUCAGUCGUACGAGUGUAGUAACGGAACAUGUAGUUACCAGCAGAGACAGCAGUGUGCGGGACUCCUUCGAUGUUAUAAUGCUUCAACUAGAAAUAUUGUGGUGAAUGACAACGAUGAUGUUGGUGUUAAAGUGAGAAGACCAAAACAAACAGAUGAAUACCAGACUGGAAAAUUCCUCAUACUUCUACUGUUUCUACAAGUGUCCAUGUUCAUGGGAUUAUUUAUAUGCUUGUGGAGGUUGUUUAACAACAGCAAGUCAGGAAUAUAUGUAGAGAUAGAGUUCCUAGAUAGCUUCCUAAACUACGGACAGAGCUUGGUAGUGUUUGCAAUAUUUGGGUUUGAUACUCGACUAAUGAUUUUACCAUGUAUAAAAAGAUGUAAAUGUAGUGCAGGUGUUAGAGUGGUGACUAGAUGGCGUAAAUGGAUAUACGGGACUGAAAUGGUGCACAUUCCAUCGAGGACAGAAUUAACAGAGGAGGAAAAACAUCAGUGUGAUCAGUUUGUGAAAUAUCAUCGGGAAAAUUGUCAACAGGAUAUCGUCCGGGAUAUGAAGUACAAGUUCAGAACAUACAACAAAGUGUUCUGUGGUACGUCUUUCUGUGAUUGGAUGGUGGAGGUGGGUUUGUGCCGAGGCAGAGGUGAGGCGGUGACAUACGGACAGACACUACUAAGAGGACAGAUCAUUGGUCAUGUGACAUCAGAGCACGAUUUCCAUGAUAUGCCAUACUUCUACAGAUUUCUAGAGGAUGAAGAAUAGAUAUGAAAAAUGUGAUAAAAAUGAAUUGUAUUUAGUACCAGCAAUCUCAGUGUAGUUUUUCUGUAGGUUAAUUAUAGUAAAUUGGGAAAUAUUCGUGAAUAUUUAUUUUUGCUAUUAUUCCCAAUCUGGUUUGUUUGCUUAUUCAAAACAUGCCCAUUUAUUAUAUUUUUAGUAAAUUUUUAGUACCGAUGCUUUGAAUGAUAUGAUGGGGAAUGGUUGCAAAUAUUUAUUAUCUGGAAUAAGUGCUGUCAUAAAAAUUUCCCAAUAUAGUGUAAUGUGAAUUUUUGCUAUGUAUCAUUAUUUUAUGGGCAUUUAUACCUUUUUGCAUUAAUAAAUUAACAUUGCUAAUUUGGGGUCUGGAAUCAAAGUACAGAAAUGAGAUGUGCCAUAGAUGCAUUUAUAGAGCUUUUUAUAGAAUUCUUUGCUAAUUUUGUUAUGGUUGCUUAUUGUUGCAUUUAAAUUGAUCUUGCUGGUAGGAAAUCUGGCAGAAUAUGCAGUGAAUCAUUCAGAACAGUUGUCAUUUUUUUAAUUCUGUCUGUGCUUAAAUAAAUUAUAUGAUAGGUUAAGGUAGUUCUGCAUGUUAGAGACAUUUGAAGUGGUGUUGUAACUUCAAUUAUUUGUAAAAUAUGGAAUGAAACUCAGAUUCAGCAUACAGUAACGUACUUCAGGCCAAUAAUAAAUCGGAAACUUUUCUAUUGAUAAAAUCAGUAAUGUUUCUGUCUUUCUGAAGAUUAAAUAUAUGACCAAAACUACUAACUUGUAAAAAGAAUCCAAAUUAGAUCAUAAAAUCACAGCUAGAAUCACUGCUUGGGAUGGGUUUUCCCAUAGACUUCCAUCAUGAAAAUUUGAUUGAUGUACGUAUUUUUCAGAUCAGUAUAGCAAAAAGUGAAACACAAUUCUCUAUCCUUUUUUAUGCAUAAUUUUCUCAGCGUAUUCAGAAGUUUUGAAAAAUUAGAGUUUAAUCAAAUUCUACAUUGUAGAAAACGAAAAUUGUUUCUGAAUGUCCAGAACUACCUUUAACACAAAAUAAAGACAUGCACACAAUUAUUCAGAAACUGAUGUGUGACCUUCCCAACUGCUUGUCAGGGAUCCGUUCUAAAACUACUGCAUACAUUGCCAGUAUUAUAUUGCCAUAUUGACUGUUUCAAAGAAAUAAAUUAUUUGCAUUUUAUACAUCUGUUACAUGCACGGCAUAUUUGUGUUUAGUGGACACAAGUUAUAACACAAACCUCAUAUCUUUCCUAGUCGGACUGCAUAAAUUUUUGCAUAAUUGUUGAUGUUUGAAAGAUUGAUAAUGUUGAGUUAAAAUGCUGACGGCACUGACUCGUACACCUUUUUAUAAAAACAAUACAAUUUUUGUUUUAUUUAAAGCGAAAUAUUAUUUAGUUGCAUUUGAUAGUGACUGUUGCUGGAUAUCUCUGUUAGCGUAAAAUCUCGAAAACAUAUUAUGCUAGCAUGUAUAUUACGCGCCCCUGAUCUUGUAUCAAAAUCUUUGGAAAAAACAUACAUUAGUAUAUAAUAGGCAUUGAAAAUCAGUCUUAGAAUUUUGUUUACAAUCAGCCAUUUUUGGCUCGCAGAACAAGGACUACUUUGGUGUAUAAUAUGCACCCGUUUGCGAAAAUGAAAAUAUAUUCGAGUUUUUACGGUAGCAAUUUUAAAAUUAGUGCAAUAUGUUAGUUAUGUUAGAGGUUUUUGUGAAGAAUCGUAUGUUAAGUUUUUACAGUAAAGCCCCUCUGUAAAGAGGAGACCCUUCAAACUGAACCAUUGUUUCAUUUGGGAAUAAGUUUGAUUGGUUGAAAAUAACUCUAUUGGACCAAAAUCAGUUGGAAAAAAACCAACAUAAAGUUGACUUGGUUCCAGUUCUUGAGGAGUUACAAUGGAUAAGUUAUAUGAGCCGCCCCAUGAGAAAACCAACAUAAUGGCUUUGCGACCAGCAUGGAUCCAGACCAGCCUGCACAGUCUGGUCAGGAUCCAUGCUGUUUGCUUUCAAAGUCUUUUGCAAUUAGAGAAACUGUUAGCGAACAGCAUGGAUCCUGACCAGACUGCGCAGAUGCGCAGGCUGGUCUGGAUCCAUGUUGGUCGCAAAGCCAUUAUGUUGGUUUUCUCAUGGCACGGCUCAUAUAUUUGUUAAUAAUUUUUUUUUUUUUUAAUUUUUUUUAUUUUUUUUAUUUUAAGAUAUUAAUGUUAUUUGUUAUUACAUUUAAUACAAUAUAUACAAAUGA